AUUCCAUGAUAGAGCUCCUGCACCUACACAGUGAGAGACGUCGCCGCUCCAGCGUGUCUUCACAGUGCUCCCAAGACUCGCAGGGAACGACCACGGAGCAGACGACUAUAGGAGUCUCCUCUUCACACUUCACGAGACCUCCUCUGGAAGACAGAUCUAAGUAUGAGAAACUUCAGAAUGCACAUGAUGAGGAGAGUGAGGAGGAGGGUGAGAACCAAGUGUUCCAGCGCAGUCGAGAGCCCAAACACUUGCUACCGGCCUCCCAUUCACGUGAGCAGGUGGAGGUUGGGCCGAGAAAGCACCCAAGGCAGAGGAGCAGACGAGGCAAGCUUUCUGGGGUGCAGAAGGAGAGCUCCCUUGAGGCAGGGCAGGAUGGCAAGCCGGAGGGGGUUUUCAUAUGCAGUGUGUCUGAUGAUGAUUCCAUAGGUUCGGCGAGUGACCUUAAGGAUAGGAUUAAUGAUGAGUAUGACUAUGACAAUUGUGAUAGAGGAGAUAUAUCAGAAACAAUUAGUUCCUCGGUGUACCAUGCAGAGUGUGAGAGUGUGACAACACAUGAAGACGAUAUUGCCAGGACAGGAGAGAGUGGCGAUCCAUUACAGUUAGUGCGGCGUGGACCAAAGCCCAGCAAGGCAGCCAUGAGAGCUCAAGCAAAAGCUCUCCAGGAACAGGAGAACAGAAAAUGUGCACAGGAUAGAUUGUUAGGCCAUGAGUACGGAGAGAAACCUCUCCUCUUGGAUGACGAAUUGGACUCUGGUGAUGAGGAGGGGAAGAUGUCCGACAACCAAGAGGAGCAGAAGUUAGAGCCACAGCCAGUGCCAUUGGUUGAGCAGCCAGUCAUCAAGAGCAACUUGUUCCACGUCCCAAGACCUUUUAGAAAGACCUCAAUGGAUGAUUCUUAUAAGCAUAAGGAACACACAGGAGACGAAGAUGUAUUUGCACUGGCCCCAUUCAAAUCUUCACUUAAGAAACUCAACAAGAAAGUAUUCCAGAGUCGCAGCCAGCCUUCCAGCAAUACUGUGUCCCCUCUAGAAUCCACGAGCCAGCCCAUUAUAACCCCUCCAAUGGCCAACAGCUCCCCCGUCCCAACCCACUUAGGCAGCCCUGAGAUCCCGGACAAGGCUUCUGAGCCCAUCAGAUUGCCCGUUCAAGCUGACAUAAUUUACGAAGAAUCUCCGAGUGAGGAGUAUCCCAUCUACGAAAACGUUGUGCUCAAUCCAAGUGGUGGCAGUGUAGAAAAUGGGCCAACCACUCCUAGGUAUCACCAUUACGAGAACAUUCCUGGACCCUUUCCUGUGCCCUUGGCCGAAGACAUCCCGUCUGUGGUUAAUCCAAUUCCAACGAAAAACCCUUUUGUAAAUCCAUUCAUUGGUGACAGUCCAGUAAAUAUUGUUCCUUCAGCAACUCUAGAACCUCAUCAGCAUUUUUCUAACCAGUCUGUGAUAUCAGGAAGUACAGAGCAGAGUGAACCAAAUGUCCCUUUCAAGAAUUCGCAAUCAAAUCAUGGUUUGAUGUCCCAAAGCCUGGAUUCCCUUGUUCCAAACACUGGUGCUGGAUCUGUUAGUUCUCCAUCCUUCCAAAGCACAGACCUCUUUGGAUCCACACCGUUUAGUGAUGUCACAAUUUCAAGUGCUACUCCCUCUGCUGAUGCCAAAGAAUUCUCAACUCUCAGCCAGACAGUUUUAAAUGGUGUUCCAAGUUUUACAAAUUCCAGUCAGUCUGUGUAUUACACUCCAUCUACAGACAUUAGCCCUCACAUUCCUGUUCAUACCUCCACUCCACGUUCUGUAAAGAUCCAGCCAGUUGCUCGACAGUCAAGAGUGAAUUCAGCAGACCUGGAUGAUGCUGACUUGUUUGGUGCUGUGCCUUUUAAGCCCAUAAUCGGGCACCACCAACGCUCCAGUCAGGGAUCAGGUGGCAAAAGCCAGACUUUACCGGCUAACAUGAGUUCCACCUUCCAGGCCCAGAUGGCCCAGAUGGCAAGGGAUGACGGUCACAUUGACAAGUUCUUUGGCGACUUCAAGGUCCCAAAGUCCCUUAGGAAGUCUACGCCGCCCAGUUUCCGAAAGCCAAGAGCCACACAUCAGAAAUUCUCUGAUUCUGACACUUCAAGUGAUGAGGGAGGCCUCAUGAGUAGCCGUAAGCCCAGGCACAGAGACAGAAGUAAAGACAGAAUGAAAUACAAGAACAUCAGUGAAGAAUUUGAAGAAGAAAAUGUGAUGGUUCUUCCCAUGAAGCAGUUUGGCCACUCAAAGAAGGAGAAAAUCAGUAAAAAGAGCAAAAAGCUUGAGAAGCAGGAGAAAAAGGUAGAAAAGACAGAAAAGAAGCCUGAGAAGAACAUAAGUUUUGAAUCAGCAGGCAUUUCCAACAUGAGUUUUGAGGAUUUCACCCUAGAGGAGAGCAGACGAGAGGCAGAUAAAAGCAAGCGGGAAGCAGAAAGGAGCCGCCAAGAGGUUGAGAAGGCAGAGGACUCUCUCCAGAGUCCUGAAGAGGAUGACUCAGACUUAAGAAUGACAGGAGGCACAAGAUUUGGCUCCUUGAAGAGAGGCAUUAAUCCAUUUUCUAAGUUGGGUCGCUGAUGGAUUCCAUGUUUUUAUAGAUUUUUAUAUAAGCUGACAGAUCUGCUGGAUUCAGAGACCAGAACAUUCCUUGACUUUGAAUAUAGUGCAUUGUAAACAAAAAUUCAUACAUAGAUUAAAUGAAUUACAGUAUAGGGUAACAGUAAAUUUUAAGGUCCAGCUAUAUCUGCUUGAUGAGUAUAUACAUUAUAAGAGGUAUAGAAUGGAGUACCUUUACAAGUGAAAGGAGCUCAUUUCUCUCUUCAUUUAUAUGGGGUUAUAGCUUGUAUAUUUUAGAAGGAGUACAAUGUUCCUACAUAAUCUGGAAAUGUAGCAAAUUAUUUGUAAUACUGUAAAUUACCACAAUGUUACAUAUCUGAAUUUAGAUCUGUUACUCAGUAAUAGCAAAUAUGAUAAAUAAGGGCAAGACUAAGAUUUUUUCCUACAAUUAUCAAACUGUACUGUUUACCAGCAGCCAUAAUACCACAAAGAAGCACUUUAUUGCUUUAUAAACAAAAAAAAAGAAAAAAAAAGCAAGGUUCGAACACAGCACAGUGGGUAGCAUUCAGUCUCUGUCAGCAUUGGUAGCUAGUCAUCAAUAGGCUGGGAAUCAAUAGCAUAAUGAUUGGUUCUCCGAAUUCCUUGCUGUCACUAAUAAUAGCUAGCUGUGAUUAGGUGUCGAUGUGCUACAAGUGACUGUCUCAGAAAGUAGUGCAGUGAAGUUGGGCCGCUAAAUAGCCCAGUAAAGAGCUUCUUCCAUAUAUUAAUUUAGAAGUACAGUAUUUCAACCUUUGUGAUUUUUUUUUUUUUUUUUUCUUGACUCUUAAAGAAGUGAAGUUUUAGUAGAUGCUGGUGCUUGGGAGGUGAGAGAGAGCUAUUUGGGUUAAAAGCUUUCAACUAGUUUAGUCUUACACAGAGUAUAGCAAACAGUGGGAUCUAUAAUGAGUUUUAUUCAGAUUUUUUUUUUUUUUUUUUUUUUUUUUUCAGUAUAUUCUAUUUGGUAAAGAUUACUACCCAGUAUGAUUCUGUUAGUACACACUUUUAUUCUCACUCCCUCAUUAUUAAGUAGUCAUUGGAAGGAGUCGUAGUCUGUAAGGGAGAAAAUGGAUUUAAUAAGAUUUAUUGAAAAGAAUAUCUAAUGCUUUGUAUUAAAAAAUAAAACAAAAAGAAAAAAAUAUAUUGCAACCAGGCUCUUACCAGAUGAAUUAGUUUAAGACAUGUUGUAUUAUCACAUAAUGGCCUUUAGUGAAUAUAACCUGGAAUGUGGUUCCCAGUAGACGUAUAUAUAUAUGAAGUGGAAGCUCAUGGGAGAGAGCAAUCAUAAUUCUCUCUCUCUCUCUCUCUCUCUCUCUCUCUCUCUCUCUCUCUCU